AAAUUUUGAAGAAUUGAUUGGUAAAAGAAGGCAAUAGUGAUAAUGGCAUUAGGAAAAUAUGGUAGAGUAGAUUACAAUAAUAAUGCUAAUGGUAGAAGGUCAUCAUCUUCGAGUUAUGGUUCCACCGUCACCAUUGUGGUUUUCGUGGGAUUAUGUUUAGUUGGGAUUUGGAUGAUGACUUCAUCCUCGGUUAUCCCCGACCAAAACGUGGACGAUGUGGCCCAUGAAAAGAAAACCGAUCUCGACGAUCAGGUUACACCAGUAAUCAGCAAUAGCAAUGACAGCAAUAACAUUGUGCAAUUCGAAGAUAACCCCGGGGUUUUACCUGAGGAUGCUAGGAAAGGUGACUCCAAUAGUCUAGCGAAAGAUGAUGGCAAUGCCACUGGAAACUUAAAUACGCAAGAAAACAAGGAGAACACUGAAGAGAUUAAGUUGGAUGAGUCUAAGAAGCAGUUGGAUUCUGAAGGUGGACGGAUAGACAACAUUAGCGGUGAGAAUUUACCCGAGGAUGUGAGGAAAGUGGGCUCGAAUGCGAGUCUGGCUAAAGAUGACGUAACUGCCAGCUUAAAUACACAAGAAAACAAAGAGAAUAGUGAAGAGAGUAAGUUGGAUGAGUCUAAGGAGGAUAAGAAGCAGUUGGAUUCUGAAGGUGGACAGACAAGCAGUAGUCGUGAGAAUUUACCCGAGCGUGCCUCGAAAGGGGACUCGAAUUUGAGUCCGGAUAAAGAUGAUGGCAAUUUAAAUACGCAAGAAAACAAGAAAACUGAAGAGAGCAAGUUGGAUGAGUCUAAAAAGGAUACGAAGCAGUUGGAUUCUGAAAGUAGAGAGAGAAACAACAAUGGUGAGAAUUUGGGUGGAUUAGGGGGUUCUGAAGAGAACUCUGAUGACAAAAAGUCUAAUUUGGGAGAGAGCAAUAAGAAAGUUGUCUCCAAUAAGAAUGACGAGAAAUCUGAUUCUGGUGGUGGUGAAAGGAGACCGGAUAAAAAUUCCUCUGAAACUAAUGAUGGUCAAAUAAAUGGGAAGGUUGAUGAAAAUCACAAUAAGGAGUCUAACAAAAUCUAUGGUGACAAAAAGGAUCUUGAAGGUGGUAAGAAUUUGGGUGGACUAGGGAGUUCUGAAGAGAAUCUUGAUGACAAAACGUCCGAUCCAAGAGAGAGCAACAAGAAAGCUGUCUCUAUUGACAAGAAUGGCGAGAAAUAUGAUUCUGGUGUCGGUGAAAAGAGACCAGAUGAAAAAUCCUCUGAAACUUAUGGAGGUAAGGUGGAUGGUCAGGUAGAGGGGAAGUUUGAUCAAAAUGAUAAAAAAAAGUCGAAUAAAAGCUCUGGCGAGGCAAAAGAUAAUCCUCAAGUGGAAAGCCAAAACGUAAAUGAAGCUUUCCCCUCUGCUUCUGAACUUUUGAGUGAGAGAAUUACUAGGAAUGGAUCAUUCUCUACUCAGGCGGCGGUAUCAAAGAAUGAAAAGAAGGAUCGGUUACCAUCCAAUAAAUACAAUUGGAAGCUUUGCAAUUCUACUGCUGGGCCUGAUUUUAUCCCUUGCCUUGACAAUUGGGAAGCAAUCAAGCAUCUCCGAACUAAUAAACAUUAUGAGCAUCGAGAGAGGCACUGUCCGGAAGAACCACCUACCUGCCUUGUUCCUCUUCCUGAAGGAUAUAAACGCCCUAUUAAGUGGCCGAAAAGCAGAGAGAGGAUUUGGUACUCUAAUGUUCCCCAUGCUCAGCUGGCACAAAUUAAAGGUCAUCAGAAUUGGGUGAAAGUUACUGGAGAAUACCUCACAUUUCCUGGUGGUGGAACCCAGUUCAAGCACGGUGCUCUUCACUAUAUUGACUUCAUAGAAGAGUCUAUGCCUGAUAUAGCAUGGGGAAAACGCUCUCGUGUGAUAUUGGAUGUUGGAUGUGGGGUUGCUAGCUUUGGAGGUUUUCUUUUUGACAGAAAUGUGCUCGCCAUGUCAUUGGCACCUAAAGAUGAACAUGAAGCUCAAGUACAGUUUGCAUUAGAAAGGGGAAUUCCUGCGGUGUCCGCUGUGAUGGGUACUAAGAAACUUCCCUACCCUGGCAGAGUAUUUGAUAUUGUUCAUUGUGCACGAUGUAGAGUUCCAUGGCACAUAGAAGGUGGUAAACUCCUCUUGGAGCUUAACCGUUUACUACGACCUGGUGGUUUCUUUGUGUGGUCCGCCUUUCCAGUUUAUCAGAAAAUUCCUGAAGAUGUUGAAAUUUGGAAAGCAAUGGUUGAACUAACAAAAGCUAUGUGCUGGGAACUUGUUAAUAAAACUAGUAAGGAUGCAAUAAAUAGGGUAGCUGUGGCAAUAUUUAAGAAGCCUACUUCUAAUGACUGCUACAAUGGAAGGUUAAAACAAGAGCCUCCACUCUGCCCCGAGAAUGAUGAUCCGAAUGCAGCCUGGAAUGUGUCACUGAAAACAUGCAUGCACAAAAUACCUGUAGAUGCUUCAGAACGUGGGUCUAAGUGGCCCGAGAAAUGGCCAGCAAGGUUGGAAAAGUCACCUUAUUGGUUAUUAAGUUCCCAUGUUGGAGUUUAUGGAAAAGCAGCGCCAGAGGAUUUUGUUGCAGACUAUGAACAUUGGAAACGAGGGAUCAAGUCUUACUUGAAUGGGAUGGGAAUCAACUGGUCAUCUAUUAGAAAUGUCAUGGACAUGAAAGCUGUUUAUGGAGGAUUUGCUGCGGCUCUCAAAGGUUUGAAUUUGUGGGUCAUGAACGUGAUCCCAAUUCGCUCUCCAGAUACGCUUCCUAUAAUAUAUGAGAGAGGUUUAUUCGGUAUGUAUCAUGAUUGGUGUGAAUCAUUUAGCACCUACCCGAGGUCCUAUGAUCUUCUGCAUGCCGACCAUCUAUUCUCCAAGGUUAAAAAGAGGUGCAAAUUAGUAUCUGUGGUGGCAGAGGUUGAUCGAAUACUAAGGCCUGGAGGGAAGCUUAUUGUUCGGGACAAUGUUGAUACCAUUAAUGAGCUAGAGGACAUGGUAAUGUCUAUGGAGUGGGAAGUUCUCAAGACUUACUCCAAGAACAAGGAGGGCUUGUUGUGUGUCCAGAAAUCCAUGUGGCGACCUAAAGAGGUGCAGACGGUCACCUUUGCCAUUUCUUAGCCAUGCUUUCCUUUCAUCAAGUUCAUAUUUAGUUCAUUGAUGAUUGUCGAAUGCAAUACGAAAAAGUAUUCUUUUCUUUUUUUUUUUGGAGGGGUUUCAGUUACUAGCUGAAAGUCAUGGUGAUUAUAUCUCCAUUUUAACUCUUAUAGGCUUGUAUGAUGUUAAGUAGGCGUCUUGGAAAGUAUUAUUGGAGCAAUUAUUAUACCUAUGGGAUUUUAAGUUGUAACAUGAUGAAAUGCAAAAGGUGAAAGGACUUUU